AUGUCUCCACCACCCAAAAAAGACUCUACCCCCUCAAUCUUCUCCGUUGCUUCAAACUCCUCCUCAAAGCCGCUUCUAUCCUCCAAUAAAGAGAAAUCUACAUCAGACAUCCUCACAUCCCAAAACGAAUCAACUUCAAAAUCCCAAAAGCUCUUCCAGAAAACAAAGUCUUUACUUUCCUCAGUGGGUGAACAUCCAAGCGCAAAAUACGACCGCGAACAAGAAGCAUUGGGGAAUAAGCCGAAGGUUGAUCGGUAUGGGAAUAGUGUUGAUGGUGGGACUUUUACCUUUGGUGAUAAGGAUAGUCGAAGGAGUUGA